ACAAGGAAAUUAUGUCUCUACAAAUCAACUGACUCACACAUUCUAACAAUUGGAAAUUAAUUUUUCAUGAUGCUUUGUAGACAAUCUAACAUGAUACAAUUAAGAACACAAUAAAAUAUGUAAUAAUUUACAAUCGUUAAAGUUCGAAAUGAUCUUUUAGCAAAUGUUAAUUAUCUGUUUUUAAGGAGAAAUCGUCUAGACAAACGUCAAAACAACAUUAUAUUUAAACAAAGUGAGAAGUUUUUGGAGUUUUGCGUUUAUAUUUUUAGUCUGAUCACGUCAGGAUUAGUUUCCUCCCACCCACCCAAAAAGACAACAAUAUCCAGGACGGAGAAGAAUAAUGUUGGCGUUUGUUUUUGUUGUAUCUUUGCUGGCCGCUGGGAGAACAUUAGUUUCCGGGUUGAAUUUCACCUUGUCAAAGACGCGCAUUAUAGUAGGAACUACAGGAAAGCUGUUCAUGACAUGUCAGAUUACAGACAAAGAUGUUUUAGUUUUAUAUAACAUACAGAUACGGCGAGAAAAAAUAUCAGGAUGGCAGACAAUAGCACAUAUCGCUUCAGAGGCUUCUGAAGUGCCAGUGUUAGAUAAAGAAAUUGUUGAUGACAAGGGUUUUAUUGUUGGUGGUAUUCUGGAUAAAGAAAACCCACUGAACACUCAUAUAACUUUAGAAAUGAAUAUAGAGAAUAUGACUUAUGAUGAUGCCAGAGUAUAUAGAUGUGAGAUGACAUAUAAAAGCAACGUGUCUGGAAGCAUUUUCUCAAUUGAAAAAAAUGCCACGCUUAUAAUUGUUGAAGUCGACAAUAAAACAGAUGGACGAGCAGUUUCUGGGUUGAAUUUCACCUUGUCGAAGACGCGUGUAAUAGUAGGAACUACAAUAGAACUGUUAAUGACAUGUCAAAUUACAGAAGUUGAUGUUGUGGUAUAUCACAUGGCGAUACGGCGAGAAACAAAUUCAGGAUGGCAGACAAUGGCACAUAUCGAAGCUGGUGUUACUGAAGUGCCAGCUUUAAAUAACGACAUUGUUGAUGACAAGGGUUUUAUUGUUGGUGGUACUCUGGAUAAAGAAAACCCACUGAACACUCAUAUAACUUUAGAAAUGAAUAUAGAGAAAAUGACUUAUGAUGAUGCCAGAGUAUAUAGAUUUGAGAUGACAUAUAAAAGCAACGUGUCUGGAAGCAUUUUCUCAAUUGAAAAAAAUGCCACGCUUAUAAUUGUUGGAGCCGAUAAUAAAACGGAAGAACAAACAGAGGCCGAAGGAAACAGCGUCAUUUGUUCUUUGCAACGGGGCGUUUCUGUCGUUGACGCAAGUGGGAUGUUUGUCUUUAAUCGGAGGGCAAUUUAUGAAAUGGUUAGACGUUUCUGGCAGGCAGAUAGUGCGCAUGAUCUUCCCUGGUCAGAAAGACAACGUGCAACUAGCUAAGUUGUGAACAUGCCAUUAUUUUGACACGCCUACUUAAUAGGUUUAAACUGGCGACAUUGACGGGCUACUCGAAAGCGAAAGGACUAUGCCUAUAUUCUUCAAACUAAAAAUUAAGCGUUGUCUAUUAAAAUUACGUCUAAUUCCUUAAUAAAUGUGAUAUACAUAUUACACUUAAUAUAUCUUAUGUUGACAAGAAUUGCACAGUAAUAAGACAAGGAAAUAGGCAUACAGAUUCCUUAGUUGCAUGCAUCUUACUGUUAUUUUUUCAUGAUCUCUCUACGUUUGAACAUAUGCUUGUUAGUAAGUGUCUGACGCAAAAGAUCUCACUACAUUUAUAUCUUAUACUAUACUUACUGAUAAGCAACAAAGACAAAUGAAUAGUAAAUAUGUCUCAUUUCAUAGUCAUUAAAGAUAUCCAUUACAGUAUUGUUUCGAGCCUUAAAUUCUUAAAUUUUGCAUUUCAUAUGACAUAACUAAACGUCGUUGGUCGCACAGAAAAACAAACAAGCAUCCAUGCCUAGUUUAUCCUAACGACAAAUGAAAAAAGAGAUUACAGUGUCAUAUCUUGAACGUCUUAUGUUAUUUUUUCACAAUAGCAGCUCUUUAGGUAGUACAUGAAUUUUCGUAAGGUUUCAGAUGUCGUUAGAUGAGAAAAGGCCAAUAUUUUUCAUUUAGCGUUACUAAUUCUCGGACAUUUAAGACACAACGAUGACAAUUAAUGAUUUGUAAUCAUAAAACAGACUGCACCAAUAUUAUACUACACUGAGCCAUCAAAAAAGCGGGGAGAAAGGAGAACACAGGGUCCAUAUUCAUCAACAUUUGAAAUCUUAGAUAUAAGAAAAGCAAAAGAAUAGCUUUUUGAUAGACAAUCUUACUGAUACAAUUUUUAUGGGUUGCCUUUAGCUGGGGAAAAACAUUCAUUGCAAGAUUCGUAAUCUUAAAAUGACAGAGUAAGAAAUAAAUUUAGCAUUUAAACGUUUUUAUUGUUUGGUUAUAAGAGAUCAAAUGCCGCCAUUUUGCAAGAAUUAAAUUAGCGAUCUAGUCGCGAGAACCUCGAGACCAGUGUCAUCCAAUAGCGCUACUUCUUCGUAGUAAAUCGCCUUUUCUUAUAAUCAGGACAAUCUAGAAUAAUAUAAUAAAUAUAGCAUGGGAAGCCGUUGAUAAUAUUUGUGCUUUGUCAGAAGAAAUAAUACAUAAUAUCUAUGCAUUGAUCCGACUUAAUUUGCGCUAAUUAGUGUUAAUUGGCAUUCAUCGAGUUUCUGAUAUUAUCAACGCCUGGGGAAAUCUAUAGGAGUUUCCAUGUCAAUCCUGAUUAUCGAUUUUCUAUAAUUAGCCUAAUUAACAUAUGAUCAUAUUUGCGCUUGUUUGAAACGAAAACGAGGCAAUUCUGCUGAAAACUCGGCAAUUUUCGUAGAUCACUAGGUUUGCAUUUAUAAAACAUCUUGAUGGCUAUGACGCAAACUUAAGUUUACUGACAUAUUUAAAAGUUAUUACAACAUGCUGAAAAAGCUAUGGGAGGUAAAAACUUGUAUUUGUCUAUGGCCGGAAAUGUUCGGAAACCUUCGGAAGUAUACGAUUCCGAUCUGUCUUUUCCGUGAGAAUUCCGUUCCUAUUUUUAGCCAUGGAUUAUUGCUUUCAGAAGUUAUCGUUCUUUAUCAGACACCCAAAUAUUUCGGGUGUAAUAUAGGUGGCGCUGCGGUCGGAAAACAGGUUUCCCCAGGCUGUCAAUUUGCACGUAGAAAAAAGUUAGAAAUUGUCAGACUGGAUUCCCAGGCUAUAAUAAAUACAGCGCUGACACGUUUUGAUUCUUUCUAAAUAUCUCUUGACGAUUUCUGCCUCUAAAUAAAAAUCAGUCGCACAAAUUCGCUGUAAAUGUUAUUUAUAAUUAGAUCCAAACGUGUUGUUGUGUUGUGUGUCCUGUUGUUUUCUGGUGUGCAUUUAUUUCUUUUUGGCAAUUCUACCAAAACAAAGGUGCAUCCGUGGCCGGCUGGUAAAAGUCUCCGACUUCAAUUCACUUGACGCUUACCGAUGUAAGUUUGAGCCCCAUUCGGGGUGCUGCGUUCUUCAUGUGAGGAAGCCUUCCAGCUGGCUUACGGAAGGUCGAUGGUUCUACCCAGGCGCCCGCCCGUGUUGCAAUAAUUCACAGAGGGGCACCUGGGGUCUUCCCCAACUGUUAAUGUUUGAAUGUCACCAUAUGACCUAUAAUUGUACCGGCGCGACGUUAAACUAAAAUAAAUGUCCAUCGUAGUUAUCAGAACUCUUUAUGAAACGCAAAAUUAACAAUGCGAUUUACGUAAGACGCUUUCCAGAUAAAAUUCUUGAAAUAAUAAACGCACUGAAUCCGGAAAAAAAGAUAUUUCCUUAAGAUGUCAAUGAUGAUUUGACUUUUCAUUGUAUGUCUAUGGACUUUAGAAAUAUAACUGAGUGUAGCAGUAAAAAUUAAUUAUCACAUGUUUGUCGUUGCGGCAGUGAUAUAAAGCCGUUAAAUAAACUUAAUAGUACACUAGUAUGGAAAAAGCUUUGACGUUGAUGUAGUUUAUAGUAUAGGAGGCGUUGGUCAAUUGUCUUGUUUAUAAUAAUAAAAGAAAGUAGAAUGUUAUAUAAAGAAUAUUACAUUUGUGACUUACCACAUUGAAUUUAUUAAAGUCGUUGAAUAUAAUUGAUAAAAGGUUCGGUAGAGACUCGCAUUUUAGUAUUUUAUUCAACUCCUUUGAUAAAUUCAUAUGAAAAUACACUCAUGUAAUAUCCCCUAUAAAUUACACGUUGACAUCAUCGGUGUUAAAUAAUUCCACGCAAUAUUUUACUAGUGUAAUAACACUUUGACGUUGGCGAAUUUCGUUUAUCUUACAUACGUUAAGAAAGAAGUAAUUUCCGGAUUUCUAAUAAGAAAAAACUAACGAAAGAUCUUUACAUCUGUGUCUUUAUUCAGUUUAUCAACAUCAUUUAAUAAAAAUGAUGAAAUGAUGAAACGGGCAUGGCAUUUUAAUAUUUUAUUCAACUCGUUCAGCAAAUUCAAUAUAGUCGUGAAUUGCAGUUCUAGAAACACUGUAAAUAAACCAGUAUAAAUCAACAACCGAUACAUUAAAAUGAAUAAACAGCGACAGGGGGUACAUAUUGUUAUAAUUGAUCGAAUAUAUUUGCAGGAUUAGUAAAUGAACUAUACAGCAGCGAUCUAGUAGUCACAAAUAAUCUAGUAGUCCUUCAUAACGAUAUCCUUAUCACAAAAUAAUGGAUCAUUUAAUUUAUCAGAAUAAAAAAGACAGUAACU